UGUUUCAGUGCUAAACUUGAAUUUUAUUGUGAAAAAAGUGAAAAAUGAUAUCAUUUAUUUUGAUAAAUGUGUGCUUUCUUAUCCUGGUUUAUAACAUUUAUGUGUAUCUAUUUUCAAGACCUCAUAACUUUCCACCGGGACCUCCAAAAUUGCCAUACUUUGGAAGUUAUAUAUUUAUGUUGCUGUUAGAUCAUAAGCAUCUACAUCUUGCAGUUGAUCGUAUUUGUAAAUUCUACAAAACAUCGGUGCUUGGCAUGCAUUUGGGACCAUUUCCUACUAUUGUGAUAAAUGGCAGUGAAAAUGUGAAAAAAAUGUUAAACAAUCGUGAUUUCGACGGUAGACCCGAUAUUUUGAUGGGGCGAAUGAGACAUCCCGAAAUGGAUUUACACGGAAUUUUUUUCACCGAAAAUGCUAUAUGGUAUGAGCAGAGAAGAUUUGUUCUACGACAUUUGCGAGACUUUGGCUUUGGCAGACGAUUCGAUUCAUUGGAGAAAGAAAUUCAAAUUCAAAUAGCUCAAUUCAUUGAUAUCGUUCAGAACGGUCCGAAAUAUCCACAUGAAAAGAAAUAUGUCAGUGGUUCCAAAAUAUUAAUGCCAUAUGCAAUUUCUCCAGUUUUUGGCAACUGUUUUAUUGCGACCUUAUUGAAUAAUGAAACAAUACCACGAGAAAGUAUGGACGGUCUUUACAGAGCGAUGGAAAAUGCAUUCAUAUUUCAACGUAAAAGCGAUAUCUACGGCAAAUUGUACAGUAUAAUUCCAAGUUUUGCGAAAUAUUUCCCCGGGUGGUCCGAUUACAAAAUUGGCAGAAAAUGUUCGAUGGACUUGUACAACUAUUUCGAACAAAUUAUUAAUGAACAAAUUCAGACGUUUGACGAAAGCCACGAACGACAUUUUGUUGAUAUGUAUAUAAAUAAAUUGCGAAAACAAGAACCGAAUAUAAAUCCAACAACCCAUUUUUCAUAUAGUCAAUUGAUUUUGAUGUGCAUUGAUUUAAUUUUGCCAACACUAACCACGAUUUCGUCGACGAUAACAUUUUUAUUUCAACAAAUCUUCCAAGAGCCUGAAUUACAGCGAAAAAUUCAAUCCGAAAUCGAUCGUGUUGUGGGUCAAGGUCGUUUUCCCACUUUGGAUGACCGUGUAAAUAUGCCGUACACAGAAGCUUGUCUUCGUGAAAUAAUGCGUUUUGAAUCGUUAGCCCCAACUGGUGUGCCCCACAAAGCUCUUGUUGAUACUGAAUUUUUAGGAUAUACAAUUCCAAAGGGAACAAUUAUAAUGCCCGCUCUGCAUACAGCCAUGAAAGAAAACACAGUAUGGGAACAACCGAAUGACUUUCGACCGGAACGAUUUUUAGAUGCAUCGGGCAAAUUAUGUUUGAGCAAAGAUAUUUCAUUGCCAUUUGGUGCUGGAAAACGGCUAUGUGCUGGCGAGACAUUUGCACGGAAUAUGCUAUUUUUAUUCACAACAGCAUUUUUACAAGCGUUUAGUGUCCGGGUACCAAACGGUGAAAAACCAGUGAAAUUCUCUGAAAAUAUCACUGGCACCAUUCGCUCACCAAAAGACCAAUGGGUUGAAUUAACAAAACGAUAGGAAUAAAUUUAAAUGUCUUUUUGUGGUUUCCACUCGGUGUAUGGUAAAUACUAUUUAUUUUGAGGUGAAUAUUUUAACCCAUUCAGGUUUGGAGUGUAGUUAAAUUGAUAAUAAACAUUUUUUUUGUAUCGUA